GAACUGUGCCAAGACAUGCUCAACAAAUCAGUUGGUUAUUUCAAUGGUGAACUAACAAGUACAUGUGAGGAAUAUCAAUUACUUGAAAGGAUGAAUUAUGAAUCUACGAAAAAGUUCUUGGAAAUGAAAGAUGUGUCAGUUGGAAUAUGUUCAUCUAUUGAAAACCUUAAUGUCAAAUAUGCAAAUUUGCAACCAUAUUUCGAAAUGAUUGAUCAGCUGGAAGAAAGUGUAACCAGUUUAGAACAAGCUAUUUAUAAAGUUGAUUCAUAUUCUAAACGAUUGGGUAUCAGUUUUUAUUAUAAAUAA